AUCGUCAACAACUUCGUCCAUUUUUACUUGAAACUUGAAUGAUUCGAAAGGUUUUUGUAGAUAUUUUUAAUACUUCGGAAUAUUUUCUUGUGAAUUGCUAAAUUGAUUUGAAGAUGAGUCAAAGACCAGCUGUUCUGACGGAGGAAAUUGAAGAGUUAAGAAAAAAAGUUGCUCUGCUGGGAGGUGACACUAAAGCAUAUAAAGAAACAGCACAAUGGAAGAUCAAAACAAACAAAGAAGUCUUGACAAAAAUGAGACAACAGAGCAAAGAAUAUCGAACACAGUUGGCCAAAAGCAAAGCUGGGGAUGAAAAAGUGAUUGAUGAUGCAUUUAAGGAGAGAGAUCCACAGCGACAUUGUGCUAUGAAAGGACUGCCUGGCAGGAUUGCAAUUGAAAAAUUGGAUCAACAGGUUUGUGAGUCAGUGAACAAACUGAAUGCGAUCAGACAUCAACGCAAAAACAAACAAAAGAGGCUGGAGCAGAUGCAGAAACAGGUUGACCAGAUGACAAGAGAGACAGAAGAAAUUCAGAAAACUGACAUUGGAGAAUCACCUGAUGCCCAGACACUGAGGGUGCUUGAGAAUAGAUUGGACAAAAUGAACUUAAAGUGCAAUGAAGCAACAAGAAUAACAACAACAUAUCAACAGAUUAUUGAAUGCUUGAGAGAGGAGCAAUUAAAAUGGCCAAACAUGUUAAAAGAUUUGGAAGAGGCAAUUAAAGCUCAGAAAGAUGAACUUCGUGAGCUGAAAGCUAUGAACAAUGAUGCACAGAUAGCUCGGGAUACAGCUAAAUCUGAACUCACACGCUUGGAGCAGAGUGUCUAUGAGUCAAAACGAGAAAGAGAAGCCGCUUUGGCUGAGUAUAAACGACAAGCUGAAGAGAAGAAAGAACAUGCUGAAAAAGUUGAGAAACGCCUCCAAAGAGGAUCUUUACAACAAGAUGAUCUGUCUGAUCAAAAACCUGUUUUAUCAGGAGAGGAGCAAGAACGAAAGAUCACGACUUAUGAAGGUGCUAUGAUGAAGAUAAAAGACGCGACUGGUGUCUCUGAUAUUCGAGAAGUUGUUCAGCGAUUUCUCUCGCAAGGAGAUACCCAAAAACAUUUGGAACAACUGAAAAACGAUAAUGAAAAAAUGUUGAUUCGUCUUAAAGAAGAGAAGGAAAAGUUGCAGCGUGAAUUUGAGGAUAUGAAAUAUUCAGGCGAAGCUAAGUUAUCCAGCGGUCAAAGAAUGCUGGAGGAAUUCCAGCAACGUCUUCUUGACGAGGAGAGAAAGCUCGAAGACUCCCGUGUUCGCCAAGAACGAACAUCUAAAACAUUGAUCAACGUCAAAGCUGGGGUGGAACAUCUAGCGGAUAAACUACAACAUCUUAAAGCUCCAAAAGGUCAUGUCCCUCAGGCACAACUAUCUCCAACAUCAGAUGAAUACGUGUUAGACCUUUUGGGUCAAUGCGAACAGAAGUUGUUGAAACUAAUGGAUGAUCUUGGAGGAAAAGAUAUUGAAGAUAUUUUAAAGGAAGAUACUGAGUUCCGUGUUACGAUGGAAAGUAAGAUACCUCAAUAUAACACUCGUAUUCAGUUGCCAAAGAGCAAGGAUCUGAGUGGCGCAAAUUAUGAAGAUGAUGAAGAAAGCGGUGAUGACGAAGAUGUUCUUUCAAGACAAGCCAUCAAAAUGCAUGCUCAACAAAUUAUCGAUUCUAAAAACAAGAAACACAAACCACGCAAGAAUAAGCGAAAAACAAAGUGAAAAUGCUAAAAACACACGAAAUAAACGCAAAAUUGUCUACCGUAGAUUUACAUUAUACAGUUAUGGAUUGUACGCGGGUAUAUAAAGUUUGUUUUGUGUUAAUUCUGUCAAUAAAUCUCCGUUGUGAUAUUUCUAUUGUAUGAUUACAAUAUAGUACAACAGUAAACUCCAUGCUGUAGUAGCUAUAUAACACUAUAAGUAAACCUUUUCAAAUUGUGCUCUGUCUGUAAAAAUAUCUUACUUUUCAUUCAUAUCAGAACCUUACACCUAAGAUAAAUUAAUCGAAAAUAUAGAACAAACUAAACUAGGCGCGUAUGUCGAGGUAAAAUAUUUCGGCUGUCAGGGCAAACCGCGUUGAAACUAGGCCAUAAGACGAGCUUUGUUACCAAGAUUUACCGAAUUCUGUUAAGAUGUUUGGGGAGACGUGUAUACGCAAUUUAGAAUUUCAAUUACUGAUUCAAUUCCCCGAAAGCGAUUUGUAAAUCUUAACACUCAAUAAACAUUAAU